GUCGCGCCCCGCGCUGUCCUGCGGGAGGCGGGACCAGGCGGCUGUCAGCCGUGGCCCAGGCUCAGGUCUCAGUCCGCGGUGAGUCCCCGUAGGUGACAGGACCCCAGACCCAGCAAAACAUUCAUUACUUUGGAGUUUGAAGUAUGUCAUCAUGGCAAAAUUUCGAAGAAAGACUUGCAUCAUUUUGUCACUUUUUAUUCUAUUUAUUUUCUGUCUGAUGAUGGUCUUAAAGAUGCUGAGGCCAAAUACAGCCUUUGGGACUCCUUUUGGACUUGACCUUCUCCCAGAACUUCAUCCACCCAACGCCCCCUUGGAAAACAAAGCUGACUUUCCAAAGAGUGACAGAAUCAACAUGGAAACAAAUACAAAGAAUUUAAAAGCUGCCGGCGUGACUGUGCAGCCACCUAAAGACUCUGAAGUGAACCCAGAAGAACUGCCUCCUCUGAAUUACUUUUUACAUGUAUUUUAUUACAGUUGGUAUGGAAACCCACAAUUUGACGGUAAAUAUGUACACUGGAAUCAUCCAGUACUGGAGCACUGGGACCCUAGAAUAGCCAAGAACUAUCCACAAGGGAGACAUACUCCUCCAGAUGACAUUGGCUCCAGUUUCUACCCUGAAUUAGGAAGUUACAGCUCUCGGGAUCCUUCUGUCAUAGAAACUCACAUGAGACAAAUGUGCUCAGCCUCAAUUGGAGUACUGGCCCUUUCCUGGUACCCACCUGACUCAAAUGAUGAGAAUGGAGAAGCUACUGAUCACUUGGUACCAACUAUUUUGGAUAAAGCUCAUAAAUAUAAUAUAAAGGUCACUUUUCACAUAGAGCCAUAUCACAAUCGAAAUGAUCAAAACAUGUAUACAAAUGUCAAGUAUAUUAUAGACAAAUAUGGAAGUCAUCCAGCCUUUUAUAGGUACAAGACAAGGACUGGCCAUUCUCUGCCUAUGUUUUAUGUCUAUGAUUCCUAUAUCACAAAGCCUGAUGUGUGGGCCAAUCUGUUAACAUCUUCAGGAUCUCAGAGUGUUCGCAAUUCUCCAUAUGAUGGGUUGUUUAUUGCACUACUAGUCGAAGAAAAGCAUAAAAAUGAUAUUCUUCAAAGUGGUUUUGAUGGAAUUUACACAUAUUUUGCCACAAAUGGCUUUACAUAUGGCUCGUCACAUCAGAAUUGGGCUAACCUGAAAUCAUUUUGUGAUAAGAACAACUUGAUAUUUAUCCCAAGUGUAGGCCCAGGAUACAUAGAUACAAGCAUCCGUCCAUGGAACACUCAGAACACUAGGAACCGCGUCAACGGGAAGUAUUACGAAGUUGGUCUAAGUGCUGCGCUCCAGACACACCCCAGUUUAAUUUCCAUCACCUCUUUCAAUGAGUGGCAUGAAGGAACUCAAAUUGAAAAGGCUGUCCCCAAAAGAACCAUUACUACAGCAUACCUGGAUUACCGUCCUCAUAAACCAAGUUAUUAUCUAGAACUAACUCGAAAAUGGUCUGAAAAAUACAGUAAGGAAAGAAUGACGUACGCAUUAGAUCAACGGCUGCCUACUUCAUAAUGUCUCACUUAUACCUAAGUUCAGUAAACAUCUGUGUUUUGAGCUAUGGAAAGAAAAACUGUCAAAAUCAAUGUGUGCUUGCUGUUACCUUUAUCAACUAUUUCGUUUUUACUUUUUAAAGAUAUUACUUGUCCUACAAUGGACAAUACUGUACCAAGAAAACAUCUGAGGAGAGAGAUUGUGUCUGUACCAUUGCUCAUGGCAUAAUUUUCUGAAUUUCUGACUGCAAUUGAAGUAUUUAUGGGAUGGCCCUGUAGGGUUUUGUUUCACAGUAGAAAAAUGCUUGCAUUAGAUAAAGCAGUUAAGAUACAGGCAAGUCAUACUUGUAUUUGGGUCCAAAGACAUAGAAGUGUAUACAUGCUAGGUAUGUCUGACAACAGAAAGCCGGACUAAAGGACAGUAGAUGGUUGUGCUUCAAUUCUGAACUCUUCAGUGACUGAAAUUUAUUAGUAUUUAGAUCAUGGCUGGCUUUCCCUAGCGAUCAAAUUCACUUGUCAAGUUUCUUGUGAGUACAAACUUGUUUCAAUAACAGACUAUUUUGUUAUGUUUCUCUAUUCUAACUGUUGGCCAUGUUCUACUAAAGACCAGCUUUGUGUGGAGCAUCUGUGGUGUCAUCACGUGAAGACUCAGGUGCCUAUGGUAAAGAGUUCCUUUGCAUGUUUAAUGUCCCUAGUUUAUUCUGCUGAAUUAAAGACUAGACACAUUAGGAGGUAGCUUGGUAAAUGUUAGUGACUGCUUCUCAGCUAUGAGGAAAACUGUUGGUUCUCAGUAUCAUAAGGUUUAUCAAAUUCAGAUACUCUGUUUUUAAGGCACCUUGUUAGUCUUUUUAGAUCUCAUUUUUAUAUGAAUGUUCACCAGAGACUACUGAACUAAGAAAGAUAAUGUUACUAUUAUUCUGUUUUCUUUUUUAUGUAGUUUUACCAUAAAUAAUACACAAAAUUUAUCACUUAAACAAGAGUUAGAUAACAAUUAUUUUUAAAGUAACACCAUAUUUUUGAGUUGUGUGUUCAUAUGAAAGUCUUACACUUUUGCACUGUCUGUUGGAUUAAAAGAGAAAAUGUCAGUAAUCCAUACCUGUCCUGUGGUUACAAACAUAACUUUUAUGCUAAAUGUAAAUUAUUUUUAAAAUGAGAAAUAGUAAGAAUCUACUGAACUCAAUAUCUGUAAUUUCAAAAACAGCUAGUCUACCUAAUUUUACACAAAUGUUAUUUCUUAAUUCUACUGUGAGAAUCAGUUGAGUCUGAUUGUUAACAAAUAAUGCAUGCUAAUUUCCAGAGCAUACCGAUAUUCAGAAACAGAUUAGUUAUGGAAUCGAUCAUAAAAUACAUAGCAGAAGAAACAUUUUUACGGUUAGAGAGGCUAAUGAGUGAGUACAGUGCUUCCUAUGCAAGCAUGAGGACCUGGGUCUGGGCACCCAGAACUCACAUAAGAUGGGCUCUCUAGCAUACAUGUUCUACUCCACUGCUCCUGCAGUGGGCUAGACCGUGUAGACAGGCAAGAUCCCCCAAGUGAAGCCUGCUGUAGACAGAAGCAAACAAGAUCUUGUCUCAAAAAUGGUGGGAGGCAAGGAUCAUUACACAAGGUGGUUCUGUGACAUGGACAGUCACCCCAUGUCACAUUUAAUCUCACACUUAGGAAUGUUUGCAGACACGUACAUACAGAAAAAAAAUUUUUGAAGACUUAUACUAACCUUACUCAUAUAAUUAGAAUUUUCUAUUGAUCAGAGAAUUAUUAGGUCAUAAAAUUAUGAGAAUAAUAAUCUGAUAUUUUUCAGGAUAAAUUCUAAGAAUGAAAAUAUGGUAAUAUUUGAUAUUGCCAAGUAUCUCCAUUGAAAUAAACAGAAAUAUCACCUGUACUUUUUUCUUUGCUUACAUUAAAAAUGAAUUAUCAAUACGUAGUAUUAUUAUUUAGCAUAUGAUAUUUUUCUUAAUUUCUUAUGUUCCAUUUUAUAUUUGAGUCCACCAUGACAGAAAAUGAAUUUUUUGAAACAAUUCUGAGAUUAAAGGAAAGUCUGCAAAAAUAAGGCCAAACAACUUUCUGCAUGAGUUCAACUCUGACUUCAGACAACUCGCCCUAGCUGCUGCUGCCAGUCUUCUCUGCCCAUCUACACCAGUCAGCGAGAAUUCACUUAAAGAUGGGUCUUGUUUUUAUUCUUACAGAAUCACUCUCUAACAAAUGACUGAAGUAUCUUUUAAAACCUACUAGUUGAUAACUAUAUAAAUAACCAGAGUCUCCCCUCUGGUUUCCACAACCAGAUAUUCAACCAGCUAAGAUCAGAAAUACUCUGUGAAGGGGGAAAAAAUCCAUUUGUAUAUAACAAGUAUGUUCAGGGUGUUUCUGUCCUGUAAGCCAUACUAUAUAAUCACAAUGUACUUUUUUCUAGGUAUUGUAAAUAAGCUGAGAGGAUUUAAAGUAUACCUGAGGAUUAUUCUAGGGUAUGUUCAAAUACUGUUCCACUUUUUCAAAGGACUUAAGCAUUUUCAGCUGUUUUUAUCUCCGGGUCCCGGGGCCAGUUCCACACUAGUACUGAGGGGUGGCUAUAUUAGCAAUUAUUGCUAAUGAUUGCUAGAGGAAUGCCUUCAGCACCCCCCUCUGCCCCGCUCCCUACCAGGGUGUUCCUUUGACUACCUCUGCUGUCUGACUGGAAACACAGCUGGGAUUUCAAUGAUCACUAGUAAAUUUAAUGAAGCGAUACAGUUCUUAUUUUUAAAAAUCUGAAUGUUUGAAUUCAGUAAACUUAAAGAGGUAUAAUAUAUUCAAUGUUUGGAUUAUAAUCAAUUCUUUUAUAAGGUAUUUAAGGAUUAACCCAUCUAAUUAUUUAGAUUGUAGAGAAUAGCCAGAUCUUUUUCUGCUUGUAAGAAAUAAUUGUAAAAGGCUACCCUUAUUAAUGUUUAUCCGAGUUGUAUAUUAAUUUGUUUAUUUUCUAUUAUUUAUGUGUAUAAUUUUGAAAGUGAUUUAUUUUGUUGUAUGAUGUCACUUUUGCUCAAUAAAAAUAUAAAUGAAAAAUAA